UUUUCACUAAUUCUACAGGAGACCGUGCAAUCGUGGGAUCUGGUUGUUACUACAAGAUCUUUGCUCUUUAGCUUCUGUCGCACAGAGUACGACGUAGGAGCAACUCUGCAGGACAUAUCUACACAUUUCCUGUAUCCUUGCAGAUCAUUAUUUCGAAUAAACAACAAAGCAAACCUUAUCAGAUUCGAAUGGGGGGGAGCCAACAAUAUCUCCUAAACUGAGAACAUUGAACAUAGCCAUGAUAACUUCAUCCCCAAGGUUCACGUGGUGUGACUGUCGCAAACACAAGAUUCCUAUCAAAGACACCAAUGAGCUGUGCCUGCACUGUCUGGGCAUCCAACAUGCCAAGGAGGCUGUGCUGGAGUAUGGGAAAUGCCCCCAGUGUGCCAAGAUGGACUGGAGCACCUGCAUCAACCGCCUCACCAAAGUUCAGGAGAUAAUGCACCAUGAGAGGAGGCACGAGGCAGCACAGUCUGAAGUUAAGCUCAAGUCUGAGACCACCUCGGCUCCCAUCAAGGAACCAAAACUGGGGGAAGACCCAGUCCCCAUUCUACCCCCACCUCGGCUCUCUACUACCACACCUGUAUAUUCGUCCACCAUGCCAGUGUUGUUCACCAUCCUCUCCCUGCAGACAGGGCCCAAUUCCAGCAUCCCAAAAGAUACUUUCCUCUCACAACUUGCUAUUCAGCAGUCAGCUGACUCCACCCCAUCCAUGAGCCCACAUGCUGACUUCCAGGGUUCGGCAAACUACACCAUUUCUCAAAAUGCCGCUCGCGCUGCACCAAUCACUCCAAACGGAGCCACGGUAGCCUCCAGCGGAGACGCUCUCCAUCCCCCUCGUCUUCCUCCUCCUACUGACUUUUGCCCCUCUGGAAAGUGGAGGAGGUCUCAGAGAGAGUCGCGGCAGGCUGUCCGGUUAGAGAGGAGACACAGGGAGCUGGUGGAGAUGGUUCAACAGAGACUAGAGGCCAGCAACAGGCCACCCAGCUACAGUGUGCAAUUCUGGAGAAGUGCAUUGAGGCUCUGGAGAGGAAAGGUGCAGAAGCUGUUGUGUCAUACCCCACUUCAGCCCAAAUUACACAUCUUCAUGCCUCCAUCCCUUGUCUCAGGAAAGCGAGCAGAGAGACUUAUCUCCCAUACCAUUGUGAAGCAAGAAGAGGAGCCCUCCAUCUCAUCUGCCUUGAGUCCUCUCAGGGAUGUGGAAGGGGAGGAUGCCUCUCUGUCAACUGAUGGUCCUAUCUCCAAACAGGACUUACUGGCAGCUAAGGAGCUUCAGAGCCUCAUAGCAUGAGCCGCCAAGUACCUUGGCAUAGAC